AUUUCUCCAUACUAUGGGGAGCUCAUUUAUCUCACAACACAGCCACCAGCACGUGGAAACCAGAGCAGGUUUUGUGCACAGUUGCAGAGGGUUCGUUAAGGGGAUAAACAGGUGCCAUAAAGCUUUAGUUUAACAAGUUAAUGUUAUUGGAGUGACCAAACUUGUGGCAGGCGUUGAGCUCCUGCGUCAGACUUUACGCACCAUGCGCCCUGUGUGACUGGAAGCUGAUUUCGCAUCUCUUUGCGCGGAGAGAUGUUGCAUACGGAGACAGUGCAUGAAUGAAGACACUGUGCACUCACUUUGGAUUCAUACUGACACGCUGACUCGGACCCUUCCGCCCUUUCUGCAAACGACAUAAGAUUGAAGAAAAAAGCACAACUUUAUUUUCCUGCUUCCUCCUGAUCUCUCUCCAGUCGGUCACCUCAGGCUCUCCUCUUCCUCCUCCGCCCUCAGCCUGAAGGAGCUCUGGUGUUGCAGACAUGCCAAAGAACACCAAGGUGACGCAGCGGGAGCACAGCAAUGAGCCGGUCACUGAGUCUGUGGCUGACCUGCUGUCCCUCGAGCACCCCAUGGACUAUAAGAGCAGCCAGAUGAGUAUGGGUCUGAGUCCUGGCUCUACUGCUCCAGUAAAAGCUCUGAUACCGUCCCCUGACCCAGACGCCGAGGACGGCCGACCAGCCUGGAACAACAAGCUGGAGUACAUCCUGGCCCAGGUGGGCUUCUCUGUGGGCCUGGGUAACGUCUGGAGGUUCCCCUACCUGUGCCAGAAGAACGGUGGAGGUGCGUACCUGGUGCCCUACUUUAUUCUCCUCCUGCUCAUCGGCAUCCCCCUGUUCUUCCUGGAGCUGGCGGUGGGUCAGAGGAUCAGGCGUGGCAGCAUCGGGGUGUGGAACUAUGUCUACCCACAGCUGGGAGGCAUCGGGGUUUCCAGUCUGAUGGUUUGCGGCUUUGUGGGCCUCUACUAUAAUGUGAUUAUUGGCUGGAGCAUCUUCUAUUUCUUCCAGUCUUUUCAGUAUCCACUGCCUUGGGCUGAAUGCCCCAUCCAGAGAAAUGGAACCCAAGCCAUUGUGGAGCCAGAGUGUGAGAAGAGUUCAGCCACCACCUACUUCUGGUACCGCCAGACUCUCAACAUCACCAGCUCCAUCGAGGACACCGGCGGCCUGAACUGGAAGAUGACCCUGUCCCUGUUGGUGGCUUGGAUCUUGGUCUGCCUGGCUGUCAUCAAGGGCAUCCAGUCCUCUGGGAAGGUGAUGUACUUCAGCUCUCUCUUCCCGUAUGUGGUGCUCUUCUGUUUCCUGGUGCGAGGUCUGAUGCUGAAGGGAGCGGUGGACGGCAUCGCUCACAUGUUCACCCCUAAGCUGGAAAAGAUGUUGGAGCCACAGGUGUGGAGAGAAGCAGCCACGCAGGUCUUCUUCGCUCUCGGUCUGGGCUUCGGAGGCGUCAUCGCUUUCUCCAGCUACAACAAGCGAGACAACAACUGCCACUUUGAUGCAGCGCUCGUCUCCAUUAUCAACUUUGUUACCUCCAUCCUCGCCACUUUAGUUGUGUUUGCUGUUCUGGGGUUCAAGGCGAACGUCAUGAACGAGAAGUGUGUUGUCGAGAAUGCAGAGAAGAUUCUGGGCUUUCUAAACACAGGUGUGCUGAGCAAAGAGCUCAUCCCUCCUCACAUCAACUUCUCCCACCUGUCCGCCCAGGACUACGCAGAGAUGUACGGCAUCAUUAAGGCGGUGAAGGAGGACGCCUUCAACCAGCUGAGUCUGGAUGCCUGUGUGCUGGAGGACGAACUCAACAAGGCGGUUCAGGGCACUGGCCUGGCAUUCAUCGCCUUCACAGAGGCAAUGACACAUUUCCCCGCCAGUCCCUUCUGGUCGGUCAUGUUCUUCUUCAUGCUGAUCAACUUGGGUCUGGGAAGCAUGAUCGGCACGAUGACUGGCAUCACCACACCCAUCCUGGAUGCUUUCAAGAUCCGCAAAGAGAUCCUGUGUGUGGUCUGCUGUAUCAUAGCCUUCCUGUUAGGCCUGCUGUUUGUGCAGCGCUCGGGGAACUACUUUGUCACAAUGUUUGAUGACUACUCAGCUGGUUUGCCUCUCACUGUGGUGGUGAUCCUGGAGAACGUCUCUGUCGCCUGGAUCUACGGCACUAAGAGGUUUAUGCAGGACUUGGAGGACAUGCUUGGUUUCAGGCCGUACUCUUUCUAUUACUACAUGUGGAGGUACGUGUCGCCGGCCGUCCUGGUGGUGCUCAUCGUCGCCACUGUCAUCGAGAUGGCCGUCAGUCCUGCAGGAUACAACGCCUGGGUGGAGGCUGAGGGCGCAGAGAGCUUCCACAGCUACCCUCCCUGGGCUUUAGCCAUGGCUUACUCCCUCAUUGUAGUGGCUAUGCUGCCUUUACCCCUCGUCUUCAUCGCCCGCCACUUCAACCUGAUCUCAGAUGGCUCCAAUAAGCUGUCCGUCUCCUACCGUAAAGGCAUGAUGAAGGACAUUUCUAACCUGGAAGAGCAGGACGAGCAGCGUUUCAUCCUCAGCAAGAACCCCAGCGAGGCUCCUUCCCCAAUGCCCGCCCACCGCGCUUACCUGGGCCCCGGUGGCGCCCACGAGAUGACCAGCACCAACUACGGCACCAGCACCAAGACGGGCUACCAGAACAUCGGCUCGCCUGAAUCUGAGCUAUGAUCACUGAGCUCAUAGAUCCUCCCGUCCGUUAUAUCCCGGCCCUGCUUGGUGAGAGGGAGACAGAGGAAGAAAGGGAGGAACAGAGGAGGUCAAGGAGAGGAAAUCUACUGCCAGUCGUUGCAGCGUUCAUCACACCUUAACCCCCAGAGCUGAGUCACUCUAUCCCCCCUUUUCUGUCCCUACGCUCCUCGCAUACGGUUCUUCCCUUCUUCCCGCUGUAGGAUCCGUGCUGCCAAUCCCAGCCGUAAUAAAGGGAUCAUGGGAAUAUGAGUCCCACCAGAUAUGUCGACCUUUUCCAUGUGUCAGUGUAUUACAAGGGCAGAGAAAUGAAUGAAGCUUAGAAAGGUCCACUGAGGGCUUAGAUACAGGCUUUGUUUAUGAUAAGCUCUGGCUGAGGUUAAGGUGUGUGCAAGGCUGAAAUUCUUUACUGAAUCGUGUGUUUACCAGUUUGGAGAAGGUUCUUUUUGAGACGGCUGGAUGUUCCUAGAUCUUUGAGAUCAUCAUCUCAUUCUGGUUCAGUUGUGGAGGAUUGUUAUGUGUGGGGACAGGAUGGAAGGAGAGUCAGAUAAAAAAACAUAUUUUCAUGAUCUGUAUCACUGUAUGAGAACAUUUCUCAUCUAGAAAAACAAAAUGAUUAGAAAUGCAUCCAUAACAGUAUGUACCAAGUGAUUCUGAUAGUGUAAACAGUGUUACAAGCACACAAACACAUCUUUAUUGUGCCUAUCAUGUGUCAGCAAUAAUAACCAGUCAAAGUAGGGUCCUUGUAAAACUGUGGUUCUCCUUCUAUCCCUACUUUCCCCACUGAUGUAGAAUACUGUACAUACGUGUUGUGCAAUCGUCUGAGAUGUCACCGUAAAUCGUGUAUAUACACCACAGUAGUGCAAAAACGAGGGGAAACUUUUUCUGCCUCUUCAUUCCUUCUCCAUGAACACGAAGUACAGACACCCGCUACCAUUUUAGAGCAUCUCUGAGCCUUAACACAGAGCAGCACUUUUUCUUUUAAACAACCUUUCUCCUCGACAAACGAGGCUCUGGAGCUGCUGCCAGCAGCACUGCACACAUCGUCUCUGCGCUGUUCCAGUCCCAGCUGGUCUAGACAAAGCUUUUCCAUUUGAAUCAAUCAUUUUAAUCAAGCGUUUCCAUUUUAAUCAACGCCUUAGAAGGACAGGGGUGGCGGUGCACCAGCACAGAUAAGCAGAGCGGUUUCACGCUCAUCUGUGUGUGUGUGUGUGUGUGUGUGUGUGUGUGUGUAUUAGAGAGGCACACCAGGAAGGAAUUGGAAAAUGUGAGUUUUGUCUGUGUGUACGUGCAGAUGUGCAUGUGUGCGAGUGUCAGUGUGCCGUCUGCCGCUGAAUUAGAGCCGCCGUUGACCCUGCCUCUUAAAAAUAGAGCUGCGUUACCCAGGGGAAGCCGUGGCAACGCAUCAUAGAUACAGAUCCUCUUGUGAUGUGGAGGAGGAAGAGGAGAGCGGACACCUUGCUUUGUCUGCUCCACCUGCAUGGCUGAUUGUUCAGCAGUACGCAGAUGAGACAUUUUACUGCCGACGUCUUACAAGAAUAUACAUCUCUGAUGUUGUCACAGUGCGUUGAGUAAGAGGUUUACUGCCAUGCCACGCUGUGGAUUUAUCAUACGUCAUCACUAAGAGGAAGAUGUUUGGGUUUAAUUGUUGUACAUUCCUCAAAUUGUGCGCACUAUGGGCAUCAUUUCAUAAGCACUACGAUUUACACUUUGAUGUCUUUUUGUGAACUAAGGUGUGAAAACUUACAGCCUUUUUUUAUGUAUAAUCUUGUAUGACAAUGUAUGUUUAGAGGUAUAAUGUGGAAAAUGUGCAGUGACAUAAAUGUUUGGAAUAAGUGGUAAUACACAGAUUUCACCACUGGGUGUCUCUGCCGGCCAGCGGAGGAGCCAAUGACUCUCUCUGUCUCGUGGCCCCUCCCUGAGACAUCACCAAUACUUGAGACUGAACAGAUGUAGUGAGAAGCACAGUCAGUCACAUUGUUUGGUGCCUGAACAGCAUCUCUGUUGUCUGUUCGCCUUAUGCUUUUGUCAGUUUGUUUUCUCGAUCAUGUGGUGCGUCAAUGUAGAGUUUGGACCAAUGUCUCGUCUCAUUCACUUGAGCACUUUAAUUAGGUAGAGACCCUGGAGUUGUUUAAGUACAGGCUUGACAAAAGCUUUGUCAUCAAUCACAGGAAUGCUGUCACAGAAUAUGUAUUGGUUAGCAAUAUUAAUACAGGAAGAGAUGGAGGGCUCAGAGGCACAAAACACACAUGUAUCAAAAGCCACUUCGUCAAAAACAUCCAGUUUCUUGUGCAUUUGUUCAGCUGAUCUUGUUGACGUAAAUUUUACUCUGCUAUCGCACCAGUGUUGACUCAUGCUUCCAUGCCAUUAGCUGGCCCUGCUAGGUCCUCCCUAUUUUACAUAAUAUAAGUGCUAACCCACACUAUUACACUGUUGUCAUAUGGGGUCAUGUGAUGUCUUAUAUCUGCUCAGGUUUCAGGCUACAGUACCUAGUGCUUAGUAGUGCCUACAGUAGCUGUGAGAUAUUGCUUGGUGUAUACAUUAUAUACUGAAGUGAUGAAUCAUAUAAUUCCCUGCUGAUCUUCCAGAAAAACUGAUUUUAUAUCAUAUCAUAUUUCCCUCCUGUCUUUCAUAGAUUUGUAUGUUCUUUAAGAUUCUGUUGUCACUUGGGCUGGGUAUCGUUUAAAAAAAUUAUGAUAUCAGUACCCUUAAAGCGAUACCAAUACCAAGAGAAUUUUUUUUCCUACUUCAUUCGAUACCCAUCAUGUGAAUGGAAGCAUUUCGUUAUGUAAAACGCCACCAGACAUCACAGGCGUGUAGUAUAGCCAUGCUUUCAAACAUCAUAUUGGCAUCUCAGCACACUGAACUGCCAGCUCCAUCAAAUACACAACCAAACCACAGACCAUAUGGGUCGUAGCUAAUUGAUCAAUCACACAUUUUAUUAAAAGCCAGCAAAUCCAUACAAAUAGUCAUUUUUUCUGUCUGGGUACAAACAGGAUUAAAUGCAAAUAUCGUUUCACUGGAGAAGUUUCAAUACUGCUUGGUUUGUUUCAGUCAAUUACAAAUAGGUAUUGAGUACUGACACCCAGUCCAGAUGUCAUAUACUGUAUUUUGUAAUAAUAAUAAUAAAAGGGUUAAAGUGGAGAAAGUCUGCAUUACAGGGGAGUGAAGUGCAGUCAUAAAUCACUAUGAGAAUGUAAACCUCUAUAAAAACAAAACACUAGAGGAACAAAGGGAUCUUUCCACUCUGGUCUCCCCAUAAAUCACAGUGAAAUGGUCUCUCUUUAAUGUGAGUGUGUUGUUUCAAGAUGUUACAGAUGAACAUGUAAACACGCCACAGUCAGAUUAUGACCUGUUCAAUCGCUAACAUUUAGCAGGACUACUGUGAUAACAUGCACAAGGAACCAAAUGUUUUGGCCAAUCGGCUUGCGACACAGGUGGCACAUAACCGCAAGUGAAGGCACUCACCUGUCCUCACCUGCAGCUUUGAGAGUUAAAGCACAUUUAUGGAAGCACAGGAAAGUGAGCACAAAGGAGUUUUCAUGUCUUAGUGAGAAAGCACCAGUCAGUGAGUUAAACAUAGAGUCAGUGUGGGUAAACUGGAUGAUGAAACUUGUAGAUUAUGUUAGUUAUGGUCUGAUUCCUGCAUCCUGAGAGGGGUCACUGGAGGUUAAGUCUUCACUCUGAAAUGCACUGCCAUUGUCACAAGAGGUGCACCGUUAGUGUGUGCUGUAGCUACAGACUGAUCUGCACAAUGAAUACGUGACAAAUGUCAGAGGUGGCAAACCUGAGCUGAUACUGGUGUGGAGGAGAGAGCUCAAUCAAAACACAUGUUUAUAUAGUCUUUUGGAAACAGCAUCUUCAUGUUUAAACCUCUGGUUUGUUUCAAUAUAUGAUGCACAGUUUUGCCAAGGAGUUCUCAUGUCUCCACUCCAGGCACAGCAGGUCUUUGCCUCUAACAUUUAAAAACACUGUGCACAGUGGUAAAAUCACCAGCCAUCUCGUAUUGGUUCUAAUCUGAUCAGUAGCAAGGUGUUAGCAUUUAGCACUGAUAUAUCUUAUUUAAAAAAACAACAAAACAAACUCCAGGGUCUCUUUGUCUCGUCCAUGUGUCAGCUGUGUUGGAUUAUGUACUUUGAAGCAACUUGUAGAGGUUAACUCAGUUGAUUUACUGUGAUUAACUCGACAAAAAUAGAGUAAUAGUGUAUUUAUUUAGCUGUGCAAAUAGUCUUUAUGUGACCAAACCCAUAGUUAUAUUUAUAGUAUUUAAGAAGAUGUAUUUAACCUGUACAUAUCGAUGUACAUUCUGAUAAAUUCACACUGAGUAUCUAUAGUAAGAGUGACAGGGUGUAUACUUGAGCUGUAAAUAAUAAUUGUAUAUUUUGAGAUAUUUUUUGAUUUUUGUACUGUAGGUAAUGUUACUUUGGUGUCUGUUGGUUUCUGGUGUUAGUGUGUGGUUGUUCUCAAUCAAAAUAGCUGAGCGACUGUGAACGUGUGUGUGCGAGAGAGACAGAAAGGGGGUGUGUGUGUGUUUAUGGGUGUGUGUGUAAAGUAAGAGUAUAUGUAGAUUUUUGGUGUUUAAAUGUGUGUUGUUUUUUUCUCCUCUCUCAGUGUUGUGUGCUGCUGAUCUAAUCCAGUAGAUAAAAUCCUGUUGUUACAGUGAACUGGGACCACUGGUGUAAGCAAUCUCUCCUCUGUGUUUCUCACUGGAACUGCGGCGGCUUCCAGCACAAAACUGACAACACAAUCAGAAGGAAAUGCUCGACUAUAACGAUGAGACAGAAACUUACGUUUUUUUGAAGUGAUAAACUGUACAAAUAUGAUGGAGCCAACAGGAAAUUAAAAUAAACACUUUUAUGAAAGAG